UAUCCACCAGACACUCUCCUCCACACACAAGAAGAAAGAAGUAGAAAAAGCUCAACACUUUAACCUUUCUAGAGAGGAAAAUGGAAGGCAAAGAAGAGGAUGUGAGAGUGGGGGCUAACAAGUUCCCAGAGAGGCAGCCGAUCGGUACGUCAGCUCAGAGCGACAAGGACUACAAGGAGCCACCUCCUGCGCCACUGUUCGAGCCGGGAGAGCUGAGCUCAUGGUCGUUCUGGAGAGCAGGAAUCGCCGAGUUCAUAGCUACUUUCCUCUUCCUUUACAUCACAGUGUUGACAGUAAUGGGAGUGAAGAGAGCACCAAACAUGUGUGCCUCUGUUGGAAUCCAAGGCAUCGCUUGGGCUUUUGGUGGCAUGAUCUUUGCCCUCGUCUACUGUACUGCUGGAAUUUCAGGUGGACACAUCAACCCUGCGGUUACGUUCGGUCUGUUCUUGGCUAGGAAGUUGUCUCUGACCAGAGCUGUUUUCUACAUGAUUAUGCAAUGUCUCGGAGCCGUCUGUGGUGCCGGAGUAGUCAAGGGUUUCCAGCCAACGCCGUACCAGACUCUCGGUGGCGGUGCCAACACUGUCGCUCCUGGCUACUCCAAGGGAUCUGGUCUCGGUGCUGAAAUCAUCGGAACCUUUGUUCUCGUCUACACGGUCUUCUCCGCCACCGACGCCAAGAGAAGCGCCCGUGACUCGCACGUCCCGAUAUUGGCACCGCUACCAAUAGGGUUUGCAGUGUUCUUGGUACACCUGGCGACAAUUCCGAUAACCGGGACCGGAAUCAACCCAGCUAGAAGCCUUGGAGCCGCAAUUAUCUACAACAAGGACCACUCCUGGGAUGAUCAUUGGAUAUUCUGGGUGGGACCAUUCAUUGGAGCAGCUCUAGCAGCACUGUAUCACACGAUUGUCAUCAGAGCCAUUCCUUUCAAGAGCAAGAGCAAGAGCAAGAGCUGAAGGAUGAUGAUGAAACAAAAUAAAUAUUCAACGGUCCAGAUUUCUUCUUUAGCGUUGUGUAACAAUGUCCUUGCUUACUAUUUUUAUUAUGUAGCUUUUGUGUGUUGCAAUGUAUUUACUACUUACUACUCUCUUUAAGGAGAGUCUAUUUGGGAUUUUGUGAAUUUCUUGUAUGCUUUUAAAGUACAUUGGGUUGUUCUAUGUGUUGUUUAGUUGUUAAUCAUCUCUGGUUUGCAAUGUA